UCUGAUUUUGCUGCCCGAGAAGACACAUCAUAAGAGGUGAAAUGGCAUCAAGAGGCUGCGGUCAUUCUCCAGAUGCAUUCUGUUACAUAUGUGAUCAAUUCAUCAAGAAAAGAGUAAAGAAGUUCUCUGUGACUGCAUCUGGAAAAAUGUGUAAAGAUAACAAAACAUAUUUUGCUGUGCCAGUUGGGGACCAAGACAAAACCUGGGCACCUCAUUUUGCUUGUGAGCAUUGUAAGAGAUCACUAGAAGAGAUUUUGGUGAGACUUUUGCUGUUGCCUUGGACAUAUGAAAAGUUUCAGUACACUGCUGGCAGAAAUUAGACCUCGUCUUCCAUCUUCGAGCGACAGGAGAGGUCUCCAUAUCUCGCCUAGUUUGCAUCUGUUGGUUACGCUACGUUACCUUGCAACAGGUACCUUCCAGCUGAAAGCUGCUGACACAGCAGAUAUGUUGCAGGCUAGUGCAUCCCGCUCCAUUAAGAGAGUAGUCCAUGCCAUCGCUGAAGUCUCAGCAGGGCACAUCAAGUUCCCCACGCCACCAGAGGGGGGUACCGUCAUGCAAGCCUUCACCAUCGCAGACUGCAUUAAUGGAACUCUCAUCCUAUCAGAAGACCUGGUGGAGAUGAUAUGGCCGCAAGGGUUUCUACGCCUACAAUGUGAUGGCUGUGCGACCAGGGAAUCGUUCUGUAGGGAGUAAGAUUAAAGGCCAUAACUUUGAUACAAUGCAGCCAACCAUCAGCCAAAAUCCUAGAGGCUCACACACUACACGGCAUCUUCAGAUUUAUUCUCUCUCUCUCUCUCUCUCUCUCUCUCUCUCUCUCUCUCUCUCUCUCUCUCUCUCUCUCUCUCUCUCUCUCUCUCUCUCUUUCUCUCUCUCUGCAGGAUUCCCCACUGUCAUUAGUGUUACUGAUGGCACACAUAUAAGAAUUACUGCAUCCAGAGAUUAGGAGGCAGAAUAUGUAAAUAAGGCAUGAAAUAAAUCUAACUGUAGAAUGCACUUGUAGCUCAUGACACCGAGAUACAUUUUAAAUUGUGUUUUGGCAGUGUGUGUGUGUGUGUGUGUGUGUGUGUGUGUGUGUGUGUGUGUGUGUGUGUGUGUGUGUGUG